AUGGCCAGGCAGAAGAAAAUGGGGCAAAGCGUGCUCCGGGCGGUCUUCUUUUUAGUCCUGGGGCUUUUGGGUCAUUCUCACGGAGGAUUCCCCAACACCAUCAGCAUAGGUGGACUUUUCAUGAGAAAUACGGUGCAGGAGCACAGUGCUUUCCGCUUUGCUGUGCAGUUAUACAACACCAACCAGAACACCACCGAGAAGCCCUUCCAUUUGAAUUACCACGUAGAUCACUUGGAUUCUUCCAAUAGUUUUUCUGUGACUAAUGCUUUCUGCUCCCAGUUCUCGAGAGGGGUAUAUGCCAUCUUUGGAUUCUAUGACCAGAUGUCCAUGAACACUCUGACCUCCUUCUGUGGAGCCCUGCACACGUCCUUUGUCACUCCCAGCUUCCCCACUGAUGCAGAUGUGCAGUUUGUCAUCCAGAUGCGCCCAGCCUUGAAGGGUGCCAUCCUGAGUCUUCUGGGUCACUACAAGUGGGAGAAGUUUGUGUACCUUUACGACACAGAAAGAGGAUUUUCCAUCCUCCAAGCAAUUAUGGAAGCAGCAGUACAAAACAACUGGCAGGUGACAGCAAGGUCUGUGGGAAACAUCAAGGACGUCCAAGAAUUCAGGCGCAUCAUUGAAGAAAUGGACAGGAGGCAGGAAAAACGAUACUUGAUUGACUGCGAGGUUGAAAGGAUUAACACGAUUUUGGAACAGGUUGUGAUCCUGGGGAAACAUUCCAGAGGUUACCACUACAUGCUCGCUAACCUGGGUUUUACUGAUAUUUUGCUAGAAAGAGUCAUGCAUGGGGGAGCCAACAUUACAGGAUUCCAGAUUGUCAACAACGAAAACCCUAUGGUUCAGCAGUUCAUUCAGCGCUGGGUGAGGCUGGAUGAAAGGGAAUUUCCUGAAGCCAAGAAUGCACCACUAAAGUACACAUCUGCACUGACGCACGAUGCAAUACUGGUCAUAGCAGAAGCUUUCCGCUACUUGAGGAGGCAGCGAGUGGAUGUGUCCCGGAGAGGCAGUGCUGGAGACUGCUUAGCAAACCCUGCUGUGCCCUGGAGUCAAGGAAUUGAUAUUGAGCGAGCUCUGAAAAUGGUGCAAGUACAAGGAAUGACUGGAAACAUACAAUUUGACACUUAUGGACGGAGGACAAAUUAUACCAUCGAUGUGUAUGAAAUGAAAGUCACUGGCUCUCGGAAGGCUGGCUACUGGAAUGAGUACGAAAGGUUUGUGCCUUUCUCGGAUCAGCAGAUCAGCAAUGACAGUGCAUCUGCAGAGAACCGGACCAUAGUCGUCACUACCAUUCUGGAAUCACCAUAUGUAAUGUAUAAGAAGAACCAUGAGCAACUGGAAGGAAAUGAGCGAUAUGAAGGCUAUUGUGUAGAUUUAGCCUAUGAAAUAGCCAAACAUGUAAGGAUCAAAUACAAAUUGUCCAUUGUUGGUGACGGGAAAUAUGGUGCAAGGGAUCCAGAGACUAAGAUAUGGAAUGGCAUGGUUGGGGAACUUGUCUAUGGGAGGGCUGAUAUAGCUGUCGCUCCACUCACUAUAACGCUGGUCCGUGAAGAAGUCAUAGAUUUCUCAAAGCCAUUUAUGAGCCUGGGUAUCUCCAUCAUGAUAAAGAAGCCUCAGAAAUCCAAGCCAGGCGUAUUCUCAUUUCUGGAUCCCCUGGCUUAUGAAAUCUGGAUGUGCAUUGUCUUUGCUUACAUUGGAGUCAGCGUAGUUCUUUUCCUCGUCAGCAGAUUCAGCCCUUAUGAAUGGCACUUGGAAGAUAACAAUGAGGAACCUCGUGACCCACAAAGCCCUCCUGAUCCUCCAAAUGAAUUUGGAAUAUUUAACAGUCUUUGGUUUUCCUUGGGUGCCUUUAUGCAGCAAGGAUGUGAUAUUUCUCCAAGAUCACUCUCCGGGCGCAUUGUUGGAGGGGUUUGGUGGUUCUUCACCCUGAUCAUAAUUUCUUCCUACACUGCCAAUCUUGCUGCUUUCUUGACUGUGGAGAGGAUGGUUUCUCCCAUAGAGAGUGCUGAAGACUUAGCUAAGCAGACUGAAAUUGCAUAUGGGACCCUGGACUCCGGCUCAACAAAAGAGUUUUUCAGAAGAUCCAAAAUUGCUGUCUAUGAAAAAAUGUGGUCUUACAUGAAAUCAGCAGAGCCAUCUGUGUUUACCAAAACAACAGCAGACGGGGUGGCCCGAGUGCGGAAGUCCAAGGGAAAGUUCGCCUUCCUGCUGGAGUCAACCAUGAAUGAGUACAUUGAGCAGAGAAAACCGUGUGAUACGAUGAAAGUUGGUGGAAAUCUGGAUUCCAAAGGCUAUGGUGUGGCAACCCCUAAAGGCUCAGCAUUAAGAAAUGCUGUUAACCUGGCAGUAUUAAAACUGAAUGAGCAAGGCCUCUUGGACAAAUUGAAAAACAAAUGGUGGUACGACAAAGGAGAGUGCGGCAGCGGGGGCGGUGACUCCAAGGACAAGACCAGCGCUCUGAGCCUGAGCAAUGUGGCAGGCGUUUUCUAUAUACUUGUCGGAGGUCUGGGGCUGGCCAUGAUGGUGGCUUUGAUAGAAUUCUGUUACAAAUCGCGGGCAGAGUCCAAACGCAUGAAACUCACAAAGAACACCCAAAACUUUAAGCCUGCUCCUGCCACCAACACUCAAAAUUACGCUACAUACAGAGAAGGCUACAACGUGUAUGGAACAGAGAGUGUUAAGAUCUAG